GGCUGACACAUGGUUGCUCCUCCUCCGCAGUAAAUUGUCCUUACUGAGAAUCAAAACUAUUUGAGUUUGUACUCAUCACUACUCCCCUCUCUCCCUCCAUCUACUUUACUUUAACCUACCUAGCUUCUUGCUUGCUUGCUUAGCUUCUAGCUUCAAUUCUUCACAAGCAACUAACAAUGAGAUAAUAAAAUGAAAUGAGGCCGCCAUUCAAUGGUGAAUAUACAUUCUCAUCUUCAUCCUCUACUUCUUCUUCUUCCUCUCAAUCCCCCUUUUCUCCUUCCAAUAAAACCAUGGAAGAAGUUUGGAAAGACAUAAACCUCUCCUCUCUCCACCACCACUCUUCCGGCGGCGGCGGCGGCAUAAAUUUCCAGGACUUCCUGGCUCGGCCGUUUGCAAAAGACCAGCCGCCUCCCUCCGCCGCCGCCGCGCAUACUCCGGACACGGUGUUGAAUCUCAACUCCGUCGUGCCGGAUCUUCAUUUCCUGCAGCCUCCCCGGGCGGGAUCUGUGAGCGGAUUUGAGGCCUUGGCUUCCGCAUCCGCCGGUUUGAAUAUUGCGAACGGGUUAGCCGCUCGGAACUGCAGAUUCGUGAACUCCGAUGACAAUUCCGGUGACCGGAGACAUAAACGGAUGAUCAAAAACCGUGAAUCGGCUGCUCGAUCAAGAGCUAGGAAGCAGGCUUAUACAAAUCAGUUGGAGCAGGAAGUGUCCCAAUUGGUUCAAGAGAACUGUAGGCUCAAGAAACAGCUCCAACAGUUACGGAGCGUUGCAGCAGGAGGAGGAGGAGGAGUUGCUCAUAAUAAUCAAGUCAAAAAGGGGUCUCUUUGUCGCACCUCAACGGCUCCAUUUUGAGUGUUUUCUCGUAGGCCUGAAAGGAGCCAAACUUAUCCACUUUUAGAUUGCCUCUUACUUAGCUUGUUCUAUUAUUAGUAUUGACUGUAUGUGGCCAAGUUGUAGUUCUGAUCUAGUAUAAAACCUAGCCAAGCAAGCAGUGUAUGUUGUAGUACUGUUAGUUGUGAUAACUGAUCUGAUGGCUGAUAUAAGUUAGAUAAAAGCUAAGCUACUGAUGUAUGUAUGUAUGUUCAUCUUACUAUCUAAUCUAAUCUAGUAUUUCCAUUUC